GAAGGGCUUUGAUUUAGUGGACGAUAGUGUUAUUAUAAACGAACUUGGAAAUCUUAAUGUCCACCCUGUCCUUACCCGCUGGAUUAAAGCGUUCUUGACCAACCGUCAACAAUGUGUCAAAGUGGAUUGCCAUGAAUCCUCGUGGAAAACUGCCAAUGGAGGUUUACCCCAGGGAACAUAUCUGGGUCCUCUUCUAUUUGCUAUCUUGGUUAACCCAUUAUUAAAGGACUGGAAUGGUCGCCUAAAAUUUGUCGAUGAUACAACAGUACUGGAAGUAGACCCAAGGUGCUCUCCUAGUCUAUUGCCUUUAGUUGUUCAAGAAAUCUCCAAAUUCUCAUCCGCUAGUGGAAUGGAGCUCAACCCCAAAAAUGCAAAGAAAUGAUUAUAAAUUUCCUUCAUUACCGAACCCCAUGUGAUCAAUCCAUGUUCAUUAAUAGACAAUGCGUUGAAAGAGUACACAGCUUUAAGCUCUUGGGUGUCUAUCUAUCAGACGAUCUUACCUGGAAUACCCACGUUGACCAUAUCUUGAAGAAAGCUAACUCCCGACUGUUUGCCCUCCGUUUAUUGAAGAAAGCAGGCCUGGGUCACACUGAUCUUAUAACCAUCUACUGCUCAGUUAUUCGCUCCAUACUUGAAUAUGCAUCUCCAAUAUGGGCAGCUCUUCCUGACUACCUGUCGUAAAUAAGUAGACAAACAUUAUACAUUGAUAACAUGAAGUAUUGACUGUUUCGCGCCUUUUUCAUGGUCGCCAUGUUGUUGUUAUUCCACGUUUUAUAUUUAAUAUCGAAAGAACCUGUAUUAAUCGUAACAAUAUACCAAUAAAUACUUGAAAUUAUGGUUCCGUGACCAGGAUGGAAGAACAACAACGUCUAAUAGCAUCACGGAGAGCACACAGAGCACAUUUAACGAAAAUUUUGAAGAAAAUUACGGAACUAAAAGAAGUAGAAGACGAUCAAAAUUAAAAGCAUGCUAUUGUGACACUUGGCAGUUAUUUAGAACAACUCCAACGGAAAGGACAGGUACUAUCAGAACUAGACAAUAAGAUAUUUGAACUAUUCACAAAACCUGAAGAUUUGGAAGCAGAUAUUAUCGAGGCAGAAGACACACAGAGUUUUAUCGCAGAGACAAUUUGUACAACUAAAAAUUUUAUUGAGAACAAAACCAAGUCCAUGAACAUAAGUCAGCACGACCAAGCAGCAGGAGCAAGUAACAAUAUUCAACAAACGCCAGAAAACAUCCAGACAACAAGCAGUGAGAGCGAACCAGCAGGAAAUCAACCAUCAACACCACAAGAGACACAACCACAAUCAAGCACAGUAGGUGAAAAUUUACCUGUCAAUUUAAACCCACCCACUAUAAGUACAUCAGUUACAAGUACAAACCCCACCAUUUCGAACAGUAGUUACAGCAUGAGUCGACUCUCAAAGUUAGCACUACCAACCUUUGACGGCAACCCCUUGAAUUGGCAAACGUUCUGGGACUGGGAUUCCUUCCGCACAGCAGUACAUGAUAACCCGUAUCUAAGCAACAUACAGAAACUGAACUAUUUAAGAGCCCAGUUAAUUGGGGAAGCAUCAAGGUCAAUCGCUGGGUUUCCUUUAACCGAAAAUAACUAUCUAGAGAGUAUCAAACUGUUACAUGAGAGAUUUGGUCAACAACACAGAGCAGUGAGUGCACACAUGCAAGCAUUAUUAAACAUACCAAGCCCGACAAGUACCUUGUCUAGUCUAAAGAGUUUCUACAACACAUUGGAAACACAUAUCCGUGCACUCGAAGCGUUAGGAAAAUCACACGAUUCAUAUGGGGACAUUUUGAUUCCUAUAAUCCAUAAGAAAUUGCCAGCAGACUUGAUAAAAACACUUACGAGAGAACACAACACUAAUGAAUGGAAACUAGAUGAGCUCCGAAAGGCAAUACGCAGAGAAAUCGAGAUAUUAGAAGUAGGCGAAAAUAACCCCUCUAAGCAACACCCAAAUGAAUUUUGUCCAGACCCACCUACAGCAGCAUUUGCCAUUGGACAAUCAAAAAACUCAACAUACAAGCCCCGUCAUGUACCAUCAACCACAGCAAAGCGAGCAUGUGUUUACUGCAAAGGUUUGCAUAGUCUAAAUAAUUGUACUGUCAUAACUGACAAGAAACACAGACACAACAUAGUGCGAGAUUUCAAACUAUGUUUCAAUUGUCUUAAUGAUAAUCACAUAGUGUCCCAGUGCAAGACAAGGGAAGGGGUCGGUGCAAAAUUUGUCAUCGCAAACAUCACACAAGUUUAUGUUCAGCAGAAAAUCCCCCACCUCCCAACCAAGAUAAACAGGACCCCACACCAAAGGUUCCAAACCAAUCAGUAAAUACAAUUAAUACUGCUCCAACCGAAACCAUGGCAACACCCACAUCCAUUUCAUCCGCAGCAACAACACCCACAACCAUUUCACCCACAACAAUUCAACAUCUAAGUGAAAACAAACACAAGUCAACAUUGUUGAAGACAGCCAUCUCUCCAAUUGAGUACAUUGGGUCAACAGUUACUGCCCACAUUUUGUUUGACGAAGGGUCUCAUCGUUCAUUUAUCACCAGUAGCUUAGCCAGGAAUGCGGGUCUAACAGCUGAACGCGAGUAA